GCCCACGUCGCAACCCCUCGUCCCCUCCGAGUCCGCACGCAGCUAACUUCUCUCUGAUCCGCCGCCGUCAGACCUACCGACGGUGCUCGCUGCCCUUUCUCGGCCCCCCAUCUUCAGCGCCCUACGGUGGAUCCAAACCUAUCUGGUAGAGUUAGGGUUUACAGAGAGCUGCGAUGGCGUUGACCAACUUGAUUCUGACGGUGGUCGGAGUGGGCGCGGCGAUGAUGCUGCUGCGCAAAGACGUGAAGCAGUCGUCCGCCGUCUUCCGCCGCAACAUCCGCCACAUCAGGAACUGGCUCGAGGAGGAGUCCGCCGCCACGUACACUCUUCAGUCCCUCCCUUCAUUAUCUGCUGAGCGAUCUGCACCGAAGGAGCUGGAGUCCCAGGCUGCCAAGAGAGAUGCUGCGCCCAAAGAGGACAAGCAUUAGAUGAUUUUGCACUAUGUUUCCGUUCAAUACAACUGAGGGUUUAGGAUUCGUAACUACUUGUAAAAAAAGUGUUUGGUAGGAUCAUCAAUCUAGAGAGUAUUGUACUCAAAUAAAGCAGGGGAUGUGGAUAGCUGCAUAUGGGUUCAAUCUGUUUUCAGUGUAUGUUUCAAGAUUGGAAUUCAUGUUUAUAUUUCUGUCGCGAAUUCUAUAUGGCUGAGUCUCUAUAGCCAAGAUAAACCCACAAGUGAUCAUUUGAAUCGCGGUUUUCCUGGCA